UUUCUUUUAAGUCACCUUCGCUGCAGAUAUACGUAAAAGCACGAAAAUCUUGCAGAGGCGAAAAUUACCUCUUCGAGACGUCGACGACUCCUGCCUUAAUUUUAGACUGCAUUACCAAACAGAGCUGUCGAAAAUUGCUAAAGAUUGAAGCAGUUGUUUCCGUGUUUUGACUGCUUUCUUUGUUAGCUUUUAAUGAAAUUCAAACACAGAGUCGCCCUCUAUGUAUGUAGCUGUCAUCCUACUUCAGAGUUGUUCAUAUGUAGCUGUUGUGUGAAUUGAAUAAUUCUACUUGGAGGACACAACAUUUCUGUCAUAUUUCUCUAUUUGGUCUCUCUUUUAUAUGGGAGUAUGCUGAAACUAUUUUCUGAAAUGUUGUGUGCUCGAGGAGGUCAGAAGAUGAGGACUUUUCUAUAUGCGCAAGUUCGUGGCUUUCAUACUUCAAAGCCUGGUUUAGCACCUAGAAGCUUUUUCGGGGUGGAAGAUUUUGUUGAUGAUGACAAUAGCCGUCCAUACACUUACCAGAAGGGAAAAAAAUCGAAGAACCCAAAUAAGCAUGUUUCUUUCAAGCAACGGACUGUAGCUUACAUGGAACCGUUCACACUUGAUGUUUUCAUAUCAAAGCGCUUUGUUUCAGCCUCAAUCACCCAUAGAGUUACAUGCAAACAGGUUGCAGUAGCUGGUACAAACUCCAAAGAUAUCAAGGCAGUGCUCAAAUCACGAAGUGAUAUUCCUGCAUGCUUGUCUGUCGGACAGAUUUUGUCCGACAGGGCAAGAGAGGCUGAUGUAUACACUGCUUCUUAUACACCUAGAGAUAGGGACAAAUUCGAAGGCAAAAUUAGAGCAGUUGUUCAGUCCCUCAUUGAUAAUGGUAUCGACAUCAAAGUUUAUCUUGACUGAAAAAGUUACUAUUCUACCCUACCCAUUGUAUCCAAAUAUAUUAAACCACCUUAAAGUAAAGAACCCAUAUUGCAGUCUACUUAGUAUUUAUUUCUUCUAGUCUGAGAUUUUGAUAAGACCCUCUUUGUGAAGAAGGCUGGCUUACUUUUUUCUGAUUGAUUGGUCGGCCUACGCCAUCUUUACUAGAGAAGACCAAGUAGUGUAAACCUUGACGUGGAUUGGAUAUAUGUAUGCCCUAACAUAGAGUUGAGGAAACCUAUAAUACAGGCCUUUGAUGGUCCAAUGUUGCUGCGAAUACCUGGAUAGUACUCAUUGUACGUUUUCAUCUUU